ACAGUCAGUUUAAAUAGACUCAGUUUCGGGUUCCUCCUCUCUGACAGACCGACUGCACGCGCAGACAACAUGAAGAACCAGAACAAAGACCAGUUCACUGGGACGGGACGGACCCAGGAAACCAUCAUCCCCAAGGUCCGGUAUCACCCGACCAUCCAGACCCAGACAACCGGGGACGGAGCACGAGCCAAAACCAGGAUCAGUCAAACCCAGAAGACCAGAGCUGCUGCUGUGCGCCCCCCAAAGACUGGGACUGACAGUAAGCCAGUCCAGGAGAACCAGGAUGCCAACAAAACUCCUCAGGUUGAUCCAGCUCCUGCUGUGAGACCACGUGCUGGUGGAGGACGAAAACAGGGCGUUCAGACACCUGUUAAGAAACCGAAUCAGAAACAGGUUCAGGGAGCUGCUACAGAUCCAGAUCCACCUCAAACACCAGACCAGCUCCCUGGCAUAGCCCCUCCCAGACCUGAGCAGGUCCCUCUGGGUCUGGGGGUCCAGUUGGACAGGUCUCUUGUGGAAGAAGUGGAGGUUCUGACCCGAGGACAGAGUACCAACCAGGACUGGUUCAUGUGGAGGAAGAACCGGAUCACGGCCUCCGUGGCUCACCGCAUCGCUCACUGCCGCUUCGUCAACGGCAAGAGCAAAACCCCGCCCACCUCCUACCUGGCUGCUGUCACAGGUGAGGGGCGGAGCAUCCAGACCAGAGCCAUGAGCUGGGGGGUCCAGAUGGAGGCCGAGGUCGUCCGCAGGUACCAGAGACUGAAGAGCGCUGCGUUGGGACGGUCCGUCUCCGUUCAGGACUGCGGUUUGUUCAUCGACGCUCAGAGGCCCUGGUUGGCUGCCAGCCCUGAUGGCAUUGUGACGGACAGCCGGACCGGCCAACGGCUGCUCUGCCUGGAGGUGAAGUGUCCCUACAAACACAGACACAAACGAGUGGAGGACGCCUGCGUGGAGGACUCCGCCUUCUGUCUGGAAAUACAGGACCAGAACGGACAGCAGCCCGGAGGGUCCCCGGUCUACCGCCUGAAGACGUCUCACAGUUACUUCACACAGAUCCAGUGUCAGCUGGCGGUGACCGGCCUGCGGCAGGCUGACCUCGCCGUCUUCACCCUGAAGGAGACAGCGGUCGUCCCAGUGACCUUUGACCCCGACCUGUGGCAGGUGACAGUGUCCAAACUGGAGGUGUUUUACAGGGACGGCGUCCUGCCUCACCUCAGAGGGAAGACACAGCAGGACGCAGCGGCGUGGACACCGGAGCCAUAGAAACGUGUCAUGUGUUCCCCGCUGCUCUGUGGUGACCUCUGACCUCUGCUUCUGCUUUCUAUGGUAACGCCUCUGCAGUGAGCUGUUCCUCACAACCUGUGCCUACAUUACCCACAAUGCAACUCUUCCUCUGACUGCUGGGUGGUGGAUCGUGGCCGGCUUCCCCUGGUCUCCCUGUGUUUAAACACAGACUGUAUAGAAGAAGGCGUAGUCAUGGUGAUGUCACCCGUUGGUUUGUGGACCGCCGUUUUGAAGCCUCGAGUUUGGCCGUUAUGGCGCCGCCAUGUUGAGUUUUUGCAACCAGCGUCACGGGACGUGACCAUAUUUGGACGAGACGGUGGA